UAUCAUUCAAUAUCUGCGCUACAAUGGAUCCGAAAGAAAUCACUCCGUUGGUGACGUCGAAAAACAUGGAUACCAAUGAUAACAGAGGCAAGUUGGGAUAUCAAAAUCUCAAAACAACAGGUAAUUUUCACGAUUCUUUGGAAUUUGUAGGUCCUGGAACAAGUAUCACUCAUGUCAAUCUCUUUGCCGAUGAGGACGAGUACAAUACGAAGAAAGCUCAACAAGUUAAGUUGGCGCUCGGUAGUUUUUUGGCAACUACUAUUUCAGGCAAUGACAUCACUAGCUCCUGCUUUUAUACGAUUGGUUUGGUUAUUGCCUGCUCUGGAGUGUGGUCAUUUUUGUCUAUGCUAUUGGUCGUUCUAGUCCUCUGUUUGUACCAAUCUGUUUACUCGGAAGUCGGAACGGCCUUGCCUCUCAAUGGUGGAACCUAUAACAUUCUUCUCAAUACAACCAACAAGCUUGUUGCAUCGAUAGCUGCAUCUUUAACACUUCUAAGCUAUACGGCAACUGCGGUCGUAUCGGCCAGCACCAGCGCGACAUACGCCAACUUGUUGUACCCAAAAAUUCCAAUUAUACCGGCAACUAUAUGCCUGCUGGGAUUCAUAGCCAUACUUACGUGGAUUGGAAUUGGGGAAAGCGCCAUCAUGGCGUCGGUUUUGUUUUGCUUUCAUGUAUCUGUUUUGAGCGUUUUGGUGGUAGCUUCGGUGGUUAAAUUGAUUAUGACAGGACCUGAGACGUUGGUUGCAAAUUGGAAUUUAUCCCCUAUUCGGAGCAUUCCGAUGGACAUUUUUUAUGGGUUUUGCCUGGGCCUCCUUGGUGUGUCUGGGUUUGAGAGUAGUUCCAAUUACAUUGAAGAGCAGGCAGCGAACGUAUUUCCUAAGACUCUAAGAAAUAUGACUAUAGCAGUUGGCAUUUUCAACCCCACUCUGACUUUUCUUUCGAUGGCAUUAAUAUCUAUGAACUAUAUAUCGAAUCCAAGGAACGUGUUAUUGUUACUUGGCCGAUUGGCUAACACUUCUCUGGGAUACUGGUUCGAAGUCGUUGUUUCCGUUGAUGCAAUUCUAGUCCUCACAGGAGCGGUUUUGACCUCUUUUGUUGGCAUAGUUGGUCUCGUUCGCCGCAUGACCUUGGACCGCUGCCUGCCUCAGUUUUUGCUUAACGAGGGUCGAUGGCGAAAAACGAACCACUGGAUCAUAUUCCUAUUUUACCUAAUUACUUGUAGUCUGAUUUUGAUCGUCAGAGGGAAUACUGUCACUCUCAGUGGUGUUUAUACGAUUUCGUUCUUGAGUGUGCUCAUAUUGUUUGCUAUUGGAAAUCUUUUGCUCAAAUACAAGCGAAGCAAGCUUCCUCGGGAAUAUCGGGCUCCUAUUCCCGUAGUUCUUCUCGCUCUGACACUUGUCGCAUCAGCGUUGGUGGGGAAUUUGGUCUUCAAUAUCAUGUAUUUGGCCUAUUUUUCGAUUUAUUUCUUUGUGUCGUUGGUGGUAAUCGUUGGCAUGCUCACGCGGACUCGUAUCAUCAUCUAUAUGUAUCACUCUCCUUUGCGCAAACUUUUUGGAGAGAAGCUGAAAAAGCUCUUCAAGAAGAUCAAUCACCAAGAGAUGAUUUUCUUUACGAAAACCGACGACAUUUCGAUUUUAAACAAAGCGAUCUCUUAUGUUCGAGAAAACGAGCAAACUGACUGUCUACAUAUCGUGCACGUAUAUGAGAGGGAAGACAAGAUUCCGCUACGUAUCAGGUGGAACGUUACUAUACUGGACGAGAUGUAUCCAAAACUGAGCAUUUGCUUGUGCCUCAUAAAGGGAAAAUUUACUCCUGCCAUGAUCGAAAAAAUUUCUGAAUACUUUAAAAUUCCUAAGAAUUUUAUGUACAUUACAACUCCGAGCGACAAGUUCCCAUACAAGAUUAGCGAGAUGGGGGGAGUGAGACUCAUUACGCACUGAGCACUUUUUUCCGCUCUAUCCAGAGCGGAAUAUACGCGCACGAACAAGCACAGAAAAAACACAAGGAGAAAGGGGCCCGCAUCAAAGUUCGUUUUUUAUCUUUGAUUUGGCUGGUUGGUUCUGUGGUAAGUUUGUCCUGGAGGAAGAGAUGGAUUAUUUGACAUGUUUUGAGAAGGCAAUUGGAAUGUGCCGCUCUGAGAAUUCAUGUGAGAAGCCGACAUAUUGCCGUGUUGCAACGAAUUAAGCUGUGCGGGAGACAUGGUGUUAUGAGAGUAGUAAUGAUGAUGCACCGGAGUGGAUGUGGAAGUGGGACUUUGUGUUAUGUUAGCGUUGCCGUGACCGUUGUUCGAAGAUACAAGAGGACGACUUGACUGUUGCGAUGUCAGGUUGAUUGGAUACUGACCUCUUUGACCCGUCACGUUGGGCUGUGAUAAGUAAAUCAUUGACGCUGAGUCAGGAAAACCAUGAUUGAUUGCUGCAGACUGAAGUUGGCUGUUAUUUAACUGAAUUUUUGUGGCUGUUUGUACGGUACUAUGUCCCCCUACCUGCGUCUGAGCAAAUACCCCAUGUUUGGGUUGCUGAUUUUGAUUCAUCGUAAAUGAAAUGUGCUGUUGAUGCGGAAUGGCCACUUGGGGUUUCGAGAACAUUGGCUGCUUCGCUUGAGCCUGGAGGUUCAUUGACUGUGGGUAUUCUGCUGUGACUGCCCCUGCCACCAGUGCCUCAUGGCCUUGUGUAUGGCUUGAGUAUGCCAGCGUAUGUGGACUGAUCGACGGUCCGACAGUCGGCAUACCAAUUAUCGAGUUAGUGGUGCCCAGAGUUUCCGUCUUGUCUGUCAAGCACAAUUCCGAGCCCUUCUCAAUAGAAGUCAAAAAUCUUCUCAACUGCGGCUUGAUAUCAGCCGACCUCGCUGAUUUACUAUCCGGCCUCGAGGAUUUUUCUGUCUCAACCAAGUUCGCCAAUAUGUCCAAUAAAUUUCCACACAUACGCUCGUACGCAUCUA